AUGUCAACAAAACCUUCGCCAUACAAAGCAAAAGUCAAUUCUGUUGAGAAACUAGACCAAGGCAAUUGGAUUCAAACCCGUAGAAUCAAUUAUACUGAUCCAAAUGGUAGUAAUAGAGUAUGGGAAAUGGCAAUUAGAACUACCCGUACUGAAACUACUAAUAUCGAUGCAGUUUCGAUUGCCGCAUUAAUAUCUUAUCCUGAUAAACCAAAAGAAAUCGUCUUGACUAAGCAAUUCAGACCUCCAUGUGGAUCAGUUGUUAUUGAAUUACCCGCUGGUUUAAUUGAUCCUAAGGAAUCGGUCGAAUCAACCGCAAUCCGGGAAUUAAUUGAAGAAACUGGUUAUCACGGUAAAUUCAUUUCCCUGUCGGAAACUCAAGUCAGCUUAUUCAGUGACCCAGGAUUGACAAAUGCUAACAUGUCCUUGGCGUUCGUGGAUGUUGAUAUCAAUGAUGAAAGAAAUAAAAAUCCUACACCUGAAUUAGAAGAUGGUGAAUUCAUUGAAAUUUUCACUUUACCCAUUAAUCAGUUAUUAAAAGGUCUUCUUGAAGUUACUCAAAAAGAAGGCUGUGCCGUAGAUGCAAGGUUAUACCAUUUCGCUGCUGGAAUCGAUCUUGCCUUUGCCAAUAAAGACAUUCUUACAAAUUAG